CGCCGCAGCCCGGGAGCCGGCCACCCCUGCGCGCGCCGGGGGCUCCCCUCUCCGAUCCCCUCCCGGCGCUGCGGGCCCAACCCUCGGCUCCCGCCCCCAGCCCGAGCCCGCCUCCCAGGCAGCCCUCGGAUCGGCCGGUCCGCGCAGGCCCCUACCCCGGGAGCACCAUGUUCCCCCGCCCGCUGACCCCGCUGGCGGCCCCAAAUGGCGCCGAGCCCCUGGGCCGGGCGCUGAGGCGGGCCCCAGUGAGCAGGGCCCGGGCCGGGCUGGGGGGGCCGCCCCUGCUGCUGCCGUCCAUGCUGAUGUUCGCGGUGAUCGUGGCCUCCAGCGGGCUGCUGCUCAUGAUCGAGCGGGGCAUCCUGGCCGAGAUGAAGCCCCUUCCCCUGCACCCUCCCAACCGCGAGGGUGCAGCCUGGCGCGGUUCAGUCGCCAGGCCGGGGAGGCUGUCCCUGGAUGCCGGAGACUCGGACUUGCAGGUGAGGCAGGACGUCCGGAACCGGACCUUGCGGGCAGUGUGCGGACAACCAGGCAUGCCCCGGGACCCCUGGGACUUGACAGUGGGGCAGCGGCGCACCGUACUGCGCCACAUCCUCGUGAGUGACCGCUACCGCUUCCUCUACUGCUAUGUCCCCAAAGUGGCCUGCUCUAACUGGAAGCGGGUGCUGAAGGUGCUGGCGGGCGUUCUGGACAGCGUGGACGUCCGCCUCAAGAUGGACCACCGCAAUGACCUGGUGUUUCUGGCAGACUUGCGGCCUGAGGAGAUUCGCUACCGCCUGCAGCACUACUUCAAGUUCCUGUUUGUGCGGGACCCCUUGGAACGCCUUCUCUCUGCUUACCGCAACAAGUUUGGCGAGAUCCGAGAGUACCAACAGCGCUACGGGGCUGAGAUCGUGCGGCGGUACAGGGCUGGAGCGGGCCCCAGCCCCGCAGGGGAUGAUGUCACCUUCCCCGAGUUCCUGAGAUACCUGGUGGAUGAGGACCCUGAGCGCAUGAAUGAGCAUUGGAUGCCCGUGUACCACCUGUGUCAGCCUUGUGCCGUGCACUAUGACUUUGUAGGCUCCUAUGAGAGGCUGGAGGCUGAUGCCAACCAAGUACUGGAGUGGGUGCAGGCACCGCCCCAUGUCCGAUUCCCAGCUCGCCAGGCCUGGUACCGGCCAGCGAGCCCUGAAAGCCUGCACUACCACCUGUGUAGUGCCCCACGGGCCCUGCUGCAGGACGUGCUUCCUAAGUACAUCCUGGACUUCUCCCUGUUUGCCUACCCGCUGCCUAAUGUCACCAGGGAGGCCUGUCACCAAUGACCAUGGGUAUGGGCCAGCAGCUGUUGGGGACUGGUUUUGACAAUGCCAGCUUCUUGUACUGCUGCCUGCCAUCCAGAGAAACCCUGGCUCUGGGGCGUGGGGCUUCUCCAGAUGCCUGGAUGGCAGGGGCUGCCCUCGGAAGUUCCUUGUCCAAGGUGGGUGCCCAUAGUGGCUCAGAGAACAGAGUUGGACAGGAAGUCUGGUGUCCCCACUGGGGGAAUUUCUUGGGCGCCAGUGUGAUCAUUCUUGCCCUGGCAGGGCCAGACACCAGUUCGCCAGUGAAGCAACACGUCUGUUCUAAAGACUGGCUCCCAGCCCCCAGCUACAAGGAUUAUGCCGUCCACUUGGUCCACCUUAAUUUAACCUGGGUCC